AUGGAGAAAGCGGAAGGAAGAAAUGAAACUCUGUUCAUGGAAUUCAUCCUCUUAGGAUUUGGGAAUGCCCCUGAACUACAGCCCCUUCUCUUCCUGCUGUUUCUACUGAUCUACAUUGUGACCAUGGUCGGGAACAUCCUCAUCAUUAUGCUAGUUGUGGUUGAUGAGCACCUUCACACCCCCAUGUACUUCUUCCUGGGGAACUUGGCCUGUUUGGAGAUCUGCUACACCUCCACCAUCCUGCCCAGGCUGCUGGCCAGUCUCCUGACUGGGGAUGGAACCAUUUCUGUUCAGUGCUGCCUUGUGCAAACAUAUUUUUUUGCUAUUAUAGCAUCAACAGAAAAUCUGCUGCUCGCGGCAAUGUCUUACGAUCGGUAUUUAGCAAUAUGCAAUCCACUCCGUUAUGCUGCUCUGAUGAAUGGCACGGUUUGUUUCCAGCUAGUGGCGGGGUCCUGGGUAUAUAGUUUUCUGGUCAUUGGCACUCUAAAUUAUUUCCUGUUUCCAUUAACAUUCUGUGGUUCCAAAGAAAUUGACCAUUUCUUUUGUGAUUUUUCACCCAUGAUAAAGCUGUCUUGUGGUGACACCCAGACUCUGCAACUGGCGACAUUUACUGUCUCUACCAUUGGGACACUUGUGCCUUUGCUACUGACACUGACAUCCUACAUUUAUAUCAUCACCGCCAUUCUGAGAAUCCCUUCAACCACAGGGAGGAAAAAGGCCUUUUCCACCUGCUCCUCUCACCUCAUUGUGGUGACAAUUUUAUACAUGAGCGUGAUUACUGUCUAUGUGUUUCCAACAAGCAACACUCCCAAGGUCCUAAACAAAAUAUUCUCUCUUUUCUACACAGUUCUGACUCCCAUGAUCAACCCUGUUAUCUAUAGCCUGAGAAACAAAGAGGUCAAACAGUCCCUGAGAAAAACUAUUCUGAAUCGGAUUGCUUUCAGAAACAGGCACAGAAGCUUACAGCAAAAUUUUUAG